UUGUGUUGUGACAAUAAUAAAUGAAGUAAACCGAUGGACAUCGAACAUCACAGUAUCAUUUGUGAACAAGAACAUAUUAUUUCACUAGAGUAUUUUUAAAUAGAUGUGCGUUAUAGGCUAGGGUACGUGAUUGUUAUCUUUAACCUUCUCAUUUCGGAUCUCAAACUAGGCUAGACCUAUUUUCUCUUUAGGCUUUGGCACAAUUAGCCUAGGCCUAAGUUUACCUAGGCUGUUGCCAAACUUGUUCUAAAGCAACGAAAAAUGAGGUUUAUAGGUGUUGUGAUAUAGGCCUACCCACAGUCGAAAUGGCUGAGUUAGAACAGAAUUCUGCCUGCAGCGAGGAAACUAGUUCUCUGUGUGACGAGGAAAGAGUUCGUAAACUUUUUCAAGCUUGUGAUGCAGAUGGUGAUGGAUUUAUUGACAGCCAGGAUUUACUCAACGUUUGUCGUGAACUAAAUCUUGAAGACUCUUUAGAAGAGUUGAUGAAAGAACUCGGAGCUGAUGAAAGUGGUAGAAUAUCCUACAAAGAAUUCUUGAGACGCCGCUUAGCAUUGCGUCCUGAGAUUGAAGCUCUUCGCACGACACCACAUCAUUCUAGAGGAACACCUGAUUACCUGCCUACAAGCAGCGACAACAGUCUUGGAGGAGCAUCAGGAGGCAAAUGUGGGGAGAGUUGGGAGUUUGACAGUGGAGCUCGAGACCUUAGUCCAGAGCCGAACACCCUGCAGAGACUGGUGGAAGCUGCUGGCUGUUCCCUUACUGCUACUAACACUGCUAGUCUGCUGCAGCUGGCAAACAAGCUCCAUCUAGCAGCUCUGGCAUCUCUGAGAGGUGAGAUCCUCGACCUGACAUCGCGAUUGCAUGCUGUUACACACGAGCGAGACAUGCUGGAACGCACAGUCGCGCAGACUGAGAGCUCGGUUGCACAGCAGUAUGAGGAACGUCUCACUGAACUUCACUGUGUCAUUGCUGAACUUAGUCGCAAGAUGGAACGCCAACGCACUUUGGUCAUUACAGAAGAAGAGGAUGUAGUUUCAGAGACAGAGCAGAGCGUGGAGACUUGUUCACAAGCUGAUGAAACCCUUGCGGUUGAAGAGACAAUACUUCGCCCUGAGGAUGAUGAUGAGACAAGAGAAGAAUCACAGAUGAAAAGUGAUAGUCAAUCACACGUUGAGGAGGAGCUACAAGAACUGCGAGCUAGAAACUCUGCACUUGAGGAACAACUGAGUAAAACUGAGGCAGAGCUGAGGCAAGCUCAGGCUGUGCUGAGUAGCGUGCGAGAGGAUAGAGACAAACUGAGGCUCAAGGUUAAAGAGGUGUUCCGACCAAGCAGCUCCUCUGCUGAAGCUCCAGUGCUGAAGAUAGCUGAAAGAGUGAGGCUGAGAAAGAUGGACAGACAUGUCACUGGCUCCGACCUAACGUCCUUGGGGGUGAGUCACACAGAAGUGGCUGAACAGCUGGUGUCAGAGCUCCAGUCUUGUGACCUCCAGGAGUGGGACCGUCAUCAGCUGGAGCAGGAGACUAAGCGACUGUCUGCUAGGUUGGAACACUCCCGCUCCCAGGCCAACGUCUUACAGCUCACCUUGGACGAGGCCAAGAGCCAUUGUGAGAGAUUAUAUCUUCUGUUGGGAAAGUAUGAGUCCAAUGUUAUAGCUUGCCGACUUGCUCUUAAUUCAAGUGACCGAGCCAUUGAAGCCUAUGAUCUACUUGUUUCUCUUCUUGAUUCUCACCUAAACGAUGAAAAUGUGCGGGUAAGUGAAGAAGAACAGCUGAGGGAGCUGAUAUCUUGUCUGAAGGCUGAGAGGGGACGUGUGCGGGACACUGUGGUAGAACUAGAAAGUUUAGUGGAUCUGCCUCCCCCCCCAUACACUACUCCUGCCUCUGCUGGACAUUCCCGAAAGCUUGACUUGGAGACUGCUGUCCUUAUGCAGGAACUGAUGGCAAUGAGGGAGGAUAAGGCAGAGCUACGGGCCAAAAUUUACUUGUUGGAGAGGGAAAAGGAGAAUCAGGAAUUGAAGGUAGCAACUUUGCAGUCUCAACAACAAGCUCAUCUGGCAACCAUACAGCAUUUGCAGGCUCAACUCCACGAGGCCGAUACUGAGGAAGUAAACUCUGAAGGCCGCGAGAGCAGGUUGCGUGAGAGACUGAAGGAGGUUGCUGGUACUCUGGAGCGAGUCAGUCGCAAUGCAGAACUGAGGCAGAGACAAGCUACUGAACUGACCAACGAGUUGAAAACUGCCAACAAUACCUUGGUGCAGACUCUAGAGAGGUGCAAACGCAAGUCACAAGCAAGACUAAGAAGACUGGACACUCAGAUGUUGAACAUGGUCGAGCAACACGCUGCUCAGGUGAGGACUCUUAAACAAAGAAUAGCCUCGCUGGAGGAAACGCUGGAUCACCAGAGCCGACAGUCGCACAGCUCUAAGGCCAGUGAGACUUCUCUGUGAUCAGUUGGCCUCUAGCAACUGGUUGGGUGUCUUAUAGCUUCAAGUUACCAACAUGUACAGUAAUAUAUCUUCAACAAUGUUAGUCAAUAUAUGAAACAUAGUUUGAUAAAAUAGUAUCUUUAAUCACUAGGGACUAUGUGACUCUUUAACAACCAAGGUGGAAUCGAGGUCGGAAAAUGUGCGAAGGUUGAAAAUUCAUUUUGGCUCAUCUGAUGACAAUCUAUAUUUUACGUUAUAAUGUACUAUGGUUUGGCUAACUAAUUUAAAAUCAUUAAUUUUUUACAUUGUUUACUUCUAAAAAUUAGCCCCCACAGUUGUAUUUCCCCUUUGUUAUGGUAUUAUGCAAAAAGCUGGGGUAAAAAUUGGUUUUUCCCAUUUUUGAUCCUAAAAACACAAAAUUUCACAAUUUCAUUCCAAACCAUUUUGUAGAGCUUAAAAAAAGAAAUAAUGUUGUUUAUUGAAGUGUUGUUGUAUGCGUAACGGUUACAGAUAUAAUUCAAAAAAUUGUAAAUUUUAAAAUUACAACUUUAUUCUUAUGGAGAAUAAAUAAACUUUUGUAGUUUGCUUGUUUAUGUUUAGAUUUUAAUCCAAUUAGGCAAUUUUGUUUAUUUCAUACUAAGCUAUCAACAUUUAGACCCGGGACCAAUUUACUUUUUCGUUUUGAGGUCCCCAGAGGCCAAAAACACCAUCCGUUCAAAUUCAUAUAUAUAUAUAUUUAUAUAUGUGUCCAUUAGCGCGAUAACUCGAGCAAAGUUGAUCCGAUUUUGAUGAAAUUUGGUACAAACGUGUAAACCUACAUUUAUUCGAACGAGUUCGCGAACCAGCAUAAUCGGACCAUGGGAUCAGGGGUUUAUGGGGGGUUUUAUGGGGUAAAAAUGGGUUUUUCUCAUUUUUGACCCUAAAAACUUUAAAUUUCUAAAUUUCUCUUUAGACCAUUUUGAAGAGCUUAAAAAAACAAAUACUUUAGUAUAUUGAAGUUUUUUUGAAUGUUCAUUGACUACGGAGAAAAUUAAAAAAAUUGUAAUUUUAAAAUUCCCACGUUAUUCGUAUGGAGAAUAAAUAAACUGUUCUAGUUUGCUUGUUUAUGGAUAUAUUUUAAUCAAAUUUGGCUUAUUUCAUACUAAGCUAUCAAUAUUUCAAUUGAAAAAACACACCUCAACAUCUUCCCCGUAGCAGCAAACCUAACUACUCACUAAAAUUAAUGUUAUUUAAAUAGGAAAUAAAUCUGAAAAUUUAUAGGGAAUAUUUUAGUAGAAAUCAAGCCGGGUAAAUGGAAAUUCGCUUAGUAUGCAGGUUUGCUGCGACGGGGGUAUUUCUUUUUUUCUGCAGUCUGACAAAAGUACAAUUCCAUCUGCAAACAUGACAGUGAAAAGUCUACUAGUUUCUGUAAUCAAUGAAAAAUUCAAUUGUUUAUUGUGUGCUGAACCUAGUUUAGUGCUUUUUAAAGAGGUUAAUAAAUUGGUGAUGAAUGUUAACACUUCAGUAUGCAGCUGUUUCCUGCGUCCUUGUAGAGGAAAUAUUUUUUUUCCAAAAUCAUCUAAGCAAACAUUCAACCUGGCAAGUUAAAAACUCUCACAAAAAAGCAAAUAAUCUAAUCUUACCUUAUUACACAUGAUGAAAAACUUUUGAGUGAAUUUUUUACCAGUAUAACAUAGGUGAGGAUUAAGCAUAGUUCAAACAUUUAUUUCAACCUAAUAAUAAGUUUGCCUGCCUGGUGAAUGUCAAAGAGUAUAAAGUAAUAUUCUGGUUGAUAAAAGACAUAAAGACCGAAAAAUAUCUAUUUGUUUGGCAGCACACUCUGGAUAUAGGGUGACUGAAAAGUAACUUGCACCCCCCCCCCCCUAACUUUAUAACUAUUGAGAUAUUUGAAAUCAGUUUGUGACAACCUUACUAGAUAUGAGGGGCUACAAUAAUAAUGGUUAGUUUUUAAAAUUGUACCUUUAGGGUUAGUGGGGGUAGGGGAUAGCUCAAAAUUUUGAAAUGGGAAAUAUAGUCGACUUUCAUGUAAUUUGACAGAAAUAAUUUACAUAAAGAAAAUAAAAAUCGGACCUAUAAUAACAAAAUUGCGCUCAAAAUUAUUCACCCUAAAACAGACAGGUGUUAAUGAUAACAGUAAUAAUUAUGCGGAGUUGAGAAUUUUCCAGGCACUGUUUACUAACCAUGUAGAUGUUAUUAGCAAUUAUCUGAACUAGAAAAAUGCUGCCUUAAUACAAAUUGAAAGUUAAUAAAACAAAAAUAUUUUUUUUACUACCGCGAUACAAUUUUGGUUUAGGCUAGUUAUCAAAAGUAAUUUUUUGUUGUCAUUUAGUUAUUAGUGGUAUGAUUUUUUCCUUUUUGUCAAUUGUUUAGUUUUAUGAAGACCUGUAAAAUCAUAUGAAGGUUUACUAUACUUUCUUUUGAAAAAUUUUGAUCCAUGGGUAAAGAUUUUGUAAUUACAGUAGAGCAUCGAAAACUCAUAUGCUUCGCGAAAAAGAAUUUCAAGGUGGUGGUGGGUCGCUAAACCAAAAAGUUUGGAAACCGCUGCACCAGUCCAUCCGUUUAUUUAAUAAAUUGCUAAUAAUAUUUUAAGUGGACUCUCCUUUGGUUAUCAUCAUAUGUCUGUUACUAACUGAUACAUUUAAAUUUUGAACACAUACAGCAUUGUUGUAUACUUACCUAACAAUAACCAAACUUAAUCAAAUUUUGACUCAGCCAUUUUGUAAUAUUAUGUGCUCUUCAAGUGUUUAAAUAAAUGUAUGCCAUUAGCUACCAAUCUUCCUCAUUAAAAGACCCAAAAUAGGCACCUAGUUGUAGUAAUAAUAUUAAUAAGUUAAAUUAUUAUUUCUGCUGUACACAGCGUUUGUUGUGGGACUGACCAAAAACAUCAGGUGUUGAAUUGAAUUAGUACAUCAGUUACUAUUUUUGUUAAACAUGUUAAAUUCAAUUAAUUAUUUUGGUUAUUAGUUCAAUUGUGUGCAAUAUUACACCAUUUGCUAAGUAAAGCCUUCAUACUAAUUAAUAUUAAUAUUAGUGAUGGUCAAAACCAAAAAUUGUGAAUUUUAAAACCGAAACUUAAACUUUAAAAAUUCGAAUCCCGAAUCUCGAAUCCCAAAACCUAACCGCAAAACUUUUUUUACUUAUAUUUGACAAAGGUCAAAGUUUAAAAAAAUACAGGUAAUCAAACGUUAAGUAUGCAAUCAAAAAUGAAAGAGAUUGACUCCUGACCCUGACAUAAUAACAUAAAAAUGUGAUUGAUAAACUUAAAACCCAAAACAACAUAAUUUAAUAUAUUUUAAUCAAAUUUGGCUUAUUUCAUACUAAGCUAUCAAUAUUUCAAUUGAAAAAACACACCUCAACAUCUUCACCAACCCAUUUAUAUGUUGAUUCCCAUAUAUGUUAAUUUUUAAUAAACAACCAUCCUGACACCAACAUAAACAUGAAUAUUACAUUAAUUAGAACAUUUCUUGGCAAUAUUUCUUUGUAUUCAAUAACUAUUGUUAUGAAACUGAAUUGUAUGUCGUUCCAGUUGUAUUUAAUAUGUCUUUUGAGUCCAGAAUACAAUUUACUUUUUUCAUUACUCUUAAUGCUGAUCUGUUUGCUCUAUUGCUACCAGCUUGUAAGAAAACAGUGUUAAAAACAAUAAUAAUGACGCAAAAAAAUCUGCAGUCUAAAAAAAAACUGCUAAAAUCUUUAAUUUCAAAACUUUUGAAUCUCGAAACUCAAUGAUCAAAUCUCGAAACCGAAACUUUUUUUAAGGUUUUGAGAUUUGAGAUUCGGUUUAGACACAUCACUAAUUAAUAAUUAAUUUACUCUAUUGUUUUGUAAAUAGUAACAUUUGUAAGUAGUUUAAAAUUAUGUUUAUUACUCCAUAUUAAAAAAUUAUUUUUCAAUUUA